AAAACCCAUCCAAUCAAAAACCCCUUUCUGCGUUUUCUCCCUCCUUUCUUUCUUUCUUUCCUCUCGACAGAAGCGCCAUUUCCUCCCAAAAGCAAGAAAGAGAGGCAACACAUCUUCCGUUCGAAAUCAUGGACUCGAACUCGACUCAGUUCUCUCAAUCCCAACUCGCUCUAAUCCUCGCAGAUGAUCCCGCUCCCUUCGAGACCCUCAUCUUCCACCUCAUGUCCUCCGCCAACGACCAGCGAUCGAGCGCCGAAUCGCUCUUCAACCACCUUAAGCAGGCUCACCCAGACCGACUCACCCUAAAACUCGCCGACCUUCUGCACUCCUCCCCGAACGUCGAGCUCCGCGCCAUGUCGGCCAUCCUCCUCCGCAAGCUCCUCACCCGCGACGACUCCUAUCUCUGGCCCCGCCUAUCGGGCCCCACCCAAUCGACCAUCAAAUCCCUUCUCCUCUCGUCGGUCCAUCGCGAGGAUUCCAAAUCCAUCUCCAAGAAGCUCUGCGACACUGUCUCCGAACUCGCAUCCAGCCUCCUCCCCGACAACGCCUGGCCGGAGCUCCUCCCCUUCAUGUUCCAGUCCGUCACGUCCGACUCCGUCCGACUCCAGGAAUCCGCCCUCCUGAUCUUUGCCCAGCUCUCGCAAUUCACCGCUGAGACCCUGAUCCCGCACCUUGCCACCCUCCAUUCCGUCUUCCUCCAGUGCCUGUCCACCUCCUCGUCCCCAGAUGUCCGGAUUGCCGCCCUUGGUGCUGCCAUCAAUUUCAUCCAGUGCCUCUCGUCUCCGUCUGACCGUGACCGCUUCCAGGACCUCCUCCCUGCGAUGAUGCAGACCCUCACUGAGGCACUCAAUUCCGGGCAGGAGGCCACCGCGCAGGAGGCACUUGAGCUCCUGAUUGAGCUCGCCGGGACCGAGCCCAAGUUCAUCCGCCGCCAGUUGGUUGAUGUCAUCCAGUCCAUGCUGCAGAUUGCUGAGGCUGACGGGCUCGAGGAGGGAACCCGGCACCUGGCUAUUGAGUUUGUCAUCACACUCGCUGAAGCGAGGGAACGGGCUCCCGGGAUGAUGCGGAAGCUGCCGCAGUUCAUUGGGAGGCUGUUCGCGAUCUUGAUGAAGAUGCUGCUGGAUAUCGAGGACGAUCCGGCGUGGCAUAAUGCAGAGAAUGAGGAUGAGGAUGCUGGGGAGUCGAGCAAUUAUAGUGUUGGGCAGGAGUGCCUGGAUAGGCUAUCAAUCUCGUUGGGAGGGAAUACAAUCAUUCCGGUUGCAUCGGAGUUGCUGCCGGUGUAUUUGGCUGCGCCAGAGUGGCAGAAGCAUCAUGCGGCACUCAUCACCCUUGCUCAGAUUGCAGAAGGAUGCUCAAAGGUGAUGAUAAAAAUUCUGGAGCAAGUGGUGACAAUGGUUUUGAACUCGUUCCAAGAUCCCCACCCUCGUGUGCGCUGGGCUGCUAUUAAUGCGAUCGGGCAAUUGUCUACUGAUUUGGGGCCAGACCUUCAAGUUCAGUAUCAUCAACGGGUGCUGCAUGCAUUAGGCUCAGCUAUGGAUGAUUUCCAAAAUCCUCGAGUACAGGCACAUGCUGCUUCAGCAGUUCUCAACUUCAGUGAAAACUGCACUCCAGAUAUCUUAACACCUUACUUGGAUGGGAUAGUGAACAAAUUGCUUGUACUCCUACAGAAUGGGAAACAGAUGGUGCAAGAGGGAGCUUUAACAGCUUUAGCAUCAGUUGCAGAUUCAUCUCAGGAACACUUCCAGAAGUACUAUGAUGCUGUCAUGCCUUACCUCAAAGUUAUCUUAGUGAAGGCAACUGAUAAGUCUAAUCGCAUGCUUCGUGCCAAAUCGAUGGAAUGCAUUAGUUUGGUUGGAAUGGCUGUGGGGAAGGAGAAGUUCCGGGAUGAUGCCAAACAGGUUAUGGAAGUCCUUAUGACAUUGCAAGGUUCUCCCACGGAGGCAGAUGACCCAACAACAAGCUACAUGCUACAAGCAUGGGCCAGACUCUGCAAGUGUCUAGGGCAGGAUUUCCUCCCUUACAUGAGUGUUGUGAUGCCCCCGUUGCUCCAGUCUGCUCAGCUUAAACCAGACGUGACCAUUACAUCUGCUGAUUCAGAUGAGGAUAUAGAUGAGUCGGAUGAUGAAAGUAUUGAAACGAUUACUCUUGGGGAUAAAAGGAUAGGGAUCAAGACUAGUGUCUUGGAGGAGAAAGCUACAGCUUGUAACAUGCUAUGUUGUUAUGCUGAUGAGCUAAAGGAAGGGUUCUAUCCUUGGAUUGAUCAGGUUGCCCCUACUUUAGUUCCGCUUCUCAAAUUUUAUUUCCAUGAAGAAGUCAGGAAGGCUGCUGUUUCAGCCAUGCCGGAACUAUUACGUUCGGCUAAGUUAGCUGUAGAGAAGGGCCAAGCGCAAGGUCGUGAUGAGUCCUAUGUUAAGCAGUUGUCUGACUACAUAAUUCCAGCUUUGGUUGAAGCAUUACAUAAGGAGCCUGAGGUAGAAAUCUGUGCGAGCAUGUUGGACUCGUUGAAUGAAUGCAUACAGAUUUCUGGACCUCUAUUGGCUGAAAGCCAGGUCAGAUCCAUUGUAGAUGAGCUAAAGCAGGUCAUCAUUGCUAGUUCCACUAGAAAAAGAGAAAGAGCAGAGAGGUCCAAAGCAGAGGAUUUUGAUGCUGAGGAAGGGGAAUUGCUUAAAGAAGAAAAUGAGCAAGAAGAAGAAGUUUUUGAUCAAGUUGGUGAUUGCUUGGGCACUCUGAUAAAAACAUUCAAGGCUUCUUUCUUACCGUUCUUUGAUGAGCUUUCUCUGUAUCUUACUCCUAUGUGGGGUAAGGAUAAAACUGCCGAAGAGAGGAGGAUUGCCAUUUGCAUUUUCGACGAUGUCGCAGAACAAUGUCGAGAAGCAGCUCUUAAAUACUAUGACACCUACCUUCCAUUUCUAUUGGAAGCUUGCAAUGAUGAAAGCCCUGAUGUCCGACAGGCUGCUGUUUAUGGAAUUGGCGUUUGUGCAGAGUUUGGCGGAUCUGCAUUUAAACCUCUUGUAGGAGAGGCCCUUUCAAGGCUAAAUUUUGUUAUAAGGCAGCCCAAUGCACUACAUUCAGAUAAUGUAAUGGCAUAUGACAAUGCUGUCUCAGCUCUGGGGAAAAUAUGCCAUUUCCAUCGGGACAGUAUAGAUGCUGCUCAGGUCAUUCCUGCUUGGUUAAGCUGUUUGCCAAUUAAAGGUGAUUUAAUUGAGGCUAAAAUUGUGCAUGACCAACUUUGCUCAAUGGUGGAAAGGUCGGAUAUGGAGCUUUUGGGCCCUAACAACCGAUAUCUUCCUAAAAUUGUUGCCGUCUUUGCUGAGGUUCUAUGUGCAGGAAAGGAACUGGCGACAGAGCAAACAGCGAGCCGGAUGAUUAAUCUUCUGAGGCAGCUUCAGCAGACAUUGUCGCCUGCUGACCUUGCCUCUACCUUGUCUUCCUUGCAUCCCCAGCAGCAGCUCACUUUGCAAUCCAUCCUCUCCUAAUGAUCUCGUCAUGGAGUGGUUGGUCCUCUGUCAAUUUCUGUUCUGUUUGAUUAUCGAUUCUUUAUGUGUAUCCAUUCCUUGCUUGAAUUUCCUGCAAUUUGGUUGUCAAGAGUGAAAGCUUAGCGGGAUUGAAGGUUUGGUUUCGGUGUAGAGUGUAUAUUACGAGUUUGAAGCAUAUUUAUUAUCUCCGCCACAUUUGGGAGAGUACAGAAAAGAGUGGCAGGUUUUGGUGUUUGCUUUUUUCUAGGUUAUUGGUGUUAGUGGGGCGGGAGAAUACUCAAGUGUGAGGCAAUUCUUGUCACAGUUUUGGGGGUUGAAUUUUUUGUAUCUUGUUUUGCUUUUCCCCCUUUCUUUAAUGGAAGGGAGAGAGGGACCUCGAGUUGUGAACUUGUAUGCUUGCAUAAAAAGGUCAAAAAAAGAGGUUUGGUUGAAGGCAAA